AUGCAAAUGGAAUCUUCAUCUGCUACCAAGUUCCGGUUCCGAGACCACUCACUCCCGAUGUCUCGAAACUCGAUACACUCUUCAGAGCCGAGCUCAGACGACGUUGUUUCCGUCGUCUCACUCUCUAACUCUAAUAUCUCUGAUCAGCCGGAUGAUAACGCCAAACUUGAUAUUGAAUCUAUCACUGGAAGGGGCAUCAAACAUUUGUGUGAUGAACUUCAAGAACUCAAGGAAGCAGCAAAUUUAGAUUUACAUAAAAAUAUUUGUGCUAACUAUUCAUCAUUCCUUAGAAUACUAGAGGAAAUGACAGGAGUGGAAAAUGAGCUUGUACAACUAGAAAAUCACUUUUUUUCGCAUCAAUUUUUGGUCAAGGAUCUUAAAGAUCGAAUAUAUCCUAAAAUAUUGUCUAUAAACUUAACCAUUGAAGAAUCUUUAGAUUUUGUUGUACCAUCUCCACCGAGGGAGUUAGAAGCUCGUAUCAAUGAUGUUUCAGAAAAGAUGGAUAUUCUCAUGUCAGAAAACAAACUAGAUGAAGCCCUUCAAGUUCUAGAAUCUGCAUACGAAGAUGAAGCUCUCUCUAGUAGCAAUGAUGAGAUACUGUUAUAUAACACGAUGAUUACUGAGAGAAAAUCCAUGAUUAUACAACAGUUGAUAGAGAUAGUUGAGAAUAAAAGAAUAGAAGGACCAGAACUAAAAAGUGCACUAACUACACUUUGCAGGCUUGGUGAUACUCAACUUGCUAUUCAUCUUCUGCUUAAAUAUUACCAUUUGUGUAUUGUAACUGGAACAAAUAAUCUGCAAUGGUCAAAUUCAUCAUUAAAUGAGAUAUAUAUCAGAAAGCUAGCAAAGUUUGUGUUUUCUAUGAUCUCACAAGCGGCUAAGAGCUUUGAGAUGUUAUGUGGAGAAACUUCUCCUUAUGCCUCAGAACUUGUGUUAUGGUCGUAUGAAGAAACAAUGUCAUUCCUUAACUGUUUUGACAACUUUGUUAAAUGCACAUCAGAAGUUAGUGUUGGAUUGUCCUCUGCCAUAAAGGCUGCGAAGUUUGCGUUUUCGUAUUGUUCUUUACUAGGUAAAAAUCAGAAACUAGUGCUGCUGUCAUACCUGGUAGAGCAUCUCUACCCCUGCAUGGAAGAGGUUUUGAAUACACACAUAAACCACUUUAAGAAAGUGAUUCCUAUAUUCUCUGCAAGUGAUUCUUGGAUUUUGGAGAAAUACAUUGUGUCUGGAGUGUUUGGUGAAGAUGGAUCUUCAACAGAACAAUCUGAUUAUUGCCUGCUAACUUCCAGUGGCAGGAAGGUUCAGACACUAUUGCAGGCGAUUGCAGAGGAUAUUUCUCCUUUAGUUGCCCUUGAAAUGGAAAAUCUUGUCACUAGUGGACUCAAGAACCUCUUUAUUGAGUAUAUUAUCAUACUUGAAAAAGCCCUUACAAGUGAAGUGGAUCAAGAUAGUCCUAGAAUCAAGUUAGCUGAGUCACUGUCACAGCAGGUUUCUAUUUUGGCCAAUUUGUCAACAUUAGUGCAGUUUCUCUCUACUACGGUUAAAGGUAUCUUUAGCAGCAGAAUUAGUAAUAACGUGGAUUCACAAGAAGUGAAGAACCAUUCAUUUGUUCAUCAGCAUCAAGAACUUCAUGACUUCCUGUUGUUUAUUGAAGAGAGCUCCGUUAAGUUGAGAAAUGUAUUCUGCCAGCAAUUAAUUCUCAGAAUGUUGUCUACUUGCUGCAGCCAUGAAAUAUUUGCAGCUAUGCACUACAAUGACCAGUUUGAUGCUAACACAAACCACAAUCCAAUGCCCUCUGCAAUAUUUCAGGUUUUAUUCCUAGAAUUGAGGAAAAUUGAAAAACUUGAAGAAGAAAAUGAGUUUGAAGUGAAUUGGUUGAUGGAAUUACUGAGGGAGGUGAUGGUGUGUAUGUUUAUUUUGGUUUCCAAGAACAAAGAGAUCAAUGCAACAACAGAAGAGCAUGUUAUCUUACAAAUAAAUGAGGCGAAACAGUUUAUUUUGGACGUGCAAUUCCUAGUGGAAAUUGGAAUGUAUGGCGGAUACUUCUCCACUGAUCCUUUGCUCCUUCUAACUGUCAUGAAAUCAACCUUUAACUCAGCUGGACUUGACCCUUUCAAAGAUGCAGAUAGUGAUGAUUGGGCUAUAGAUGUUGCUACAAGAACAAUUCAAAAUCUAUUGGAGAUUGAGGAAACAAGUUUACACCCAAAAGAGUCCAUACAUACCAUCAAAGACGAGUUGCAUGAACAUGGAGACCAAAUUAAGCAAUUCACGUAUGAGUAUAAUUUUUCGGAGGUAGAUGAUAAAAUUUCUUUGGAGGAUAAAGUAGACUCGGAGGAGCAUGAGUCAGAAGUUGCUAUUCAUGCAGAAACGGAUUCAUCAACAUUUAGUUCUAGGGAGGGAUCAUUAGCAGAAAGAGAUUAUGUUGAUAUAGAUGAUGUAAAUAUGAGACAACUUAGUAUCAGACAUGUGCAAUUUGAGAAUACUGAUUUUGAAAAGGUAACAUAUGCAGGAAAUGACGGAUUGACUCUCAUGCCUUCGUUGGAUGUGGUAGGACAGAGUUCUGAUCAAACUGAAUCAAAAUCAGAGAAGUGA